UCCAUUUUUGCUGUGAAGUUGUGUUCAUUGAGGAGCGUUGAGCAAUUUUUUGAAAUAGAUUUAUUUCUAUUUUAUUUAUUACCUCAUCAAAUUAUUGAAGAAUAUUGUAUUUCUAAACUAUAUAAUCAGUUCUAGUUCAUAAACCUAGAAAAAUGGGAGUUCCUAAGUUUUUUCGCUACAUUAGCGAGCGCUAUCCUUGCUUGAGUGAGCUGAUCCGCGAAAAUCAGGUCCCAGAGUUCGACAACCUGUAUCUCGACAUGAACGGCAUUAUUCACAAUUGUUCCCACCCAAAUGAUUCGGAUGUGUUUUUCCGAAUCACAGAGGACAAAAUUUUUUCGGAUAUUUUCCACUAUUUGGAGUUUUUAUUUCGCAUGAUUCGGCCGCAGAAAUUAUUUUUCAUUGCCGUCGAUGGAGUGGCACCCAGGGCUAAAAUGAAUCAACAGCGUGGACGACGUUUUCGGUCGGCUCGCGAAGCGCAGGAACAGGCGGAACAAGCUGAGAAGAAAGGCCAUGUGCUCCCAAUCGAGGCCAGAUUUGACAGUAACUGUAUCACACCAGGAACAAGUUUCAUGGUUCGACUACAAAAAGCGAUGGAGCACUUCAUCAAAGUGAAAAUUAGCACAAACCCGCUCUGGAAGCACUGUAAAGUGAUUCUGAGCGGACACGAGACACCCGGCGAAGGCGAACACAAAAUUAUGGAAUAUAUAAGGCAUGCGAAAGCUGCGCCUGGAUUUGAUCCGAAUACGCGGCACUGUUUAUACGGGUUAGACGCUGAUUUGGUCAUGCUGGGGCUUUGUACACACGAAAGACACUUUUCCUUGCUACGAGAGGAAGUUAAAUUCGGUAAAAACGAAAAGAAAUGUACCAUUGUAGAGGAAACUCGUUUCUAUCUGCUACAUCUCACACUAAUGAGGGAGUAUUUGGAGUUGGAGUUUGCUCCUGUGAGGGAUAAGUUAAAUUUUGAAUUUAACAUCUAUAAGCUGAUAGACGACUGGGUGCUGAUGGGUUAUAUGGUUGGAAAUGAUUUUAUUCCUCAUCUUCCCCAUUUACAUAUAAAUGAGAACGCACUGCCAACGUUGUUUCAAGCUUAUAUGGACGUAAUGCCCUCGUUAGAUGGGUACAUAAAUGAAGGAGGAAUACUGAACUUGCGUCGACUAGAAGUGUUUAUGGAACGACUAGCGCGAUUUGACAGGGACAUCUUUCUAGAACAUUACACGGACUUGAAGUAUUUCAAAUCAAAGAGGGGAUCGGAUAAUAUGGAAGCUUUCGACGUUACCAUCGAUGAUAUCAAGGCAGAAGCUGAAAUGAAUUGUGAUUUGUCAGCACUUAUUCAGGCAUCGGAGGAUAUGUUCUUGGAUGAUGAAGAGGAAUCGACGUCCGGAGACAUUGAAAAUGAUCCGGAGUUCUUUGAAAAAGAAUUUACUGCAUACAAGAAAAACUACUACAUCACAAAAAUGGGAUAUCAACAUUUUAAUGAAGAAACAAGGGCUGAGCAAGCUGAGUGCUAUGUACGAGCACUUCAGUGGACACUGUUGUAUUACUAUCGCGGUGUAUCCUCGUGGUCUUGGUUCUAUCCACAUCACUAUGCACCAUUUAUUAGUGAUGUGCAACACUUCAAACAUCUAACAAUUCAUUUCGAGAUUGGAAAGCCAUUCCUUCCAUUUCAGCAGCUCUUGAGUGUACUUCCAGCGGCCAGCAAGGACCAUUUGCCCACCGCAUAUCAUAAGCUCAUGACUGACCCAAGUAGUCCGGUGUUUGAUUUUUACCCACAAAACUUUAACACAGAUCUCAACGGGAAACAACAGGACUGGGAAGCGGUAGUACUAAUUCCAUUCAUUGACGAAAAGCGCCUUUUGAGAUCAAUGGAGCCGUGUGAUGCCUUUCUAACGGACGAGGAAAAGCAGCGAAACGUUCAUGGUCCAAUGUUUCAGUUCGAAUACGAUCAAGCGGGAACCACUCUACUACCAGCAAACUACGGAUUUGAUGAUGUCGCUCAACUGAAAGUAUCAGAAACUCACAUUUACCGAGAUGAUCUACGAGUUGCAGAGCAGAAACUUGUAUUGGGACCAUCCAAGGGCUGCAUUCUGGACGGGUACAUCAAAGGAUUCCCCACGAUGAAGCAUCUUCAGUAUCAUGGUACCCUUAAGGAACUCCGUAUCAAGGUGUUCAACUAUCCCAGUCGUAAGCCGAGUAUGCUAGUGAUCAUCGAUCGUCCGUCUGAUAGUGUGAAAUCGACGGAAAUGCUCGCGCAGGAAAUGCUCGGUCGUAUUGUUUACGUUAGUUGGCCCCAUCUGACCGAAGCGAAAGUGGUCAAGGUAGUCGAUGCGGCGAUGAUCUACGAAAAGGAUCACGAGCCGCGACAAAAUAAUCCUACGUUUUUCGAUGCCUGUCGGAAAGCUAUAAUUGAACACAAUAUAAACCGUUUGGCUAUCGACGUGGGUAAAGUUGAACAGUUGGUUGCCGUACGGACAUGUGUUGGUAGUGAAUACGUACUUCGAGAUGAUCGAUAUGUACUGAAUAAGCUGUGGAAUGUUGGGGAAACUAUGUACCCUGUACAGACCGUUGUAAAAGACCUGCGAGAAGUACUUAAAACUAUGAAACCGUACCAAGAAAUCAAUGAAAUGUUUCCAGAGAACUGUUUGGUGUUUCUUCGGGCGACCGACUGGUACGGUAGUUUGGGACACGUGCUGGACGUGACUGCUGGCCACAAACGAAUAAAAUCACGGUUUGAAAUACACGUUGAACCGAACCUAGAUAAGGUUGUGGAAAUCAAUGAGCAGGCUAAAAGUCACUACCUCGGCAUCCAGGAUGCUGCUUCGGUGAUUGGGAUUUCACCCAAUCUGUUAUGUAGAUUGUCCUCUACAAUAUUGAUUGUUACGGGCGGUCGCAGGUCAGUCAACGUGGACGAACGUGGUAAAAUGAACAUUGGGCUUCAGAUAAGAAUGGUAACACAAAACGAAGAAACGGUCGGGUACACGAAAAAGGUCGACAGAAUGUGGAUGUUUUCCGAGAAAGCUAUUAGGCUAAUUGCUGAGUACUACGAAAAAGUUCCGCAUCUUUUCAGACGGCUGGAACAGUACGGCAAAUGUGAUAACCUGUUUGAAGACGAGAUGCUUGGUGAAAAUAAUGAGGACGGAAUCACAUUGAAGGAGCUUGUUGCAUGGAUUAAAAGCCAAGAUCACACAAAGGCGGAAAGACGACCUUGCGGCACUAAAAUUCUAGAACCUACUGCUAUCGAAGAGUUAGUCAAGAUUAUAAAUGAAUCCCGCAAUAAAACUCCGCUUUUGCAGACUAUGUUUGUUCAUGCAAAAAAUCUUUACAAACCGGGGAUGAAGCAAUCCAAAAGUAUCGAUCAUCAUGCAAACUUCGAAUUAUUAGAUCGUGUCAUCAUCGCACGUGAAACCGAAGUUGUGCCGUUAGGUUAUCGCGGAACGAUAGUUGGAAUUCAUUUUGCGAAAGAUCCAAACCCGGUACGGCAAGAAAGCGUUACCAAAGAAGAUAAGUACUUUGACAUUCUUUUUGACAAAGAAUUUCCCAAUGGUGUACAGAUAUUCGGUCUUGAAGAGACGAACAAUCGUGUAGUUCGAGUAGCUGAAGGUGCUGUCUUAAAUAUUACUUUCGGUAGGGCAGAAGUAGAAUAUAGACAAGUGGAUCCAUCGCAACCAAUUAUCCUACCGGCGGAGGAAUUUUUACCGAACGGGAAACCUAUGGUUAAAGUUCAACAAAAACUAGAAGCUGUGAGAAAAGUUCCUUCAAAACCACCACCGACGGCAGAGUCGAUCAAGAAAAGACUCAACGAAAGAAUCGAAAAGAAAAAUCCAACAAAAGCGUUUGUUAUGGCAAAUCGAAAGCCGCUGGAAGAACAAGAAACCAACUCACAACAGAGUGCGUGUGAUUUCGAGCAUCUAUGGAAUAAAUUACGAGAAUCCGCCCAAGUGUCGUCCACGUUAAAAGACCGAGAUAUAAAGAGCUUUGUUGGUAAUAGUACAGUAUUACAUCAGCAACAACCCCAGCAACAGCAAAUACCGCUCAAUGUGGUACCGCCAGUAGUGCAACACGUAAACAGCGAUAGCUCAACUGUGAAAACGGCAGCAGACCCGACGAAUAUGUUGAAAAUGAUACUCAAAAUAAGUAAUGAACAUGAGACUGAUGAGAAGAAGAUAACUGUAUUGAAGCCUGUCAGCAGCGUUAAUGAUUUAAAUAGCCCAUCAAAAGCGCAUACAACUUCUUCCGCGCCUCCUCAACCGAACAUUCCUAUGCCAAAGAAUCUGCCCAAACCGCCAUCAUCAUGGAGAUCACCGGAGAAAACAUCCUGCACUGUCCAAAGUGUGACGGAAAAGCAGCAUGUCAAUAGCACAAAUGCAGCUACUCUAUCUUAUACCGAUACUACCAGAAUCCAACAGAAGACGCAACAACCAACUCGGCCUUCCCAGCCGCAACUUCAUCAGCAGUCAUACUCGCAGUUUAACCAGUAUACCAACCUGAAUAUGAUGUACCCACCGGUACCGCUGCAGGGGAUCGCUCCACAGUACCAACCAAUGCCCCGAUACCAGCAUGGUCCAUUAAUUGCGAUGCAUCCUGUGAUGCACCAACAGCAACCACCACUACAUCACCAGCAACAAGCUUACCGAGGACAACAGUACAACCAACGGCAGCAUGGACCAAAUGGACCGCAGAAUCUAAGUUUCAAUCGAAACACACCGGCAGGGACUGGGGCGUUCGUUCCUCUGCAGGCCAUGCGAAAUGCUAAGAAUCGAAACAACAACUACUCUGGAAACAGUUCGAUUCAGAAUAAAACAGUAAUCAACCAGCGCCAGCAAUCGUCAGGGCCAAUAACUGCCUUUGCUCAACAAAACGCCGAACUGCGGCAGUUCGUCGAGCAGCAGCAAGAAGAGGCGAAGCAAGGAUUUGCGUCAUUCCUUUCAGCAAUUCAAAAAGUAUCUGAAUCUACGAACGUCGAUGAUGCAAAGACUAGCAAGUCCGAAGUGAAAACUAACGAACAUAUUCAAAACCAGAUUAAACCAGAUGCACAACCGCCGAAGAUCCGACAGAUGCGUAUUGCAGCCAAAUUCUCGCAGGCAGAGUAGUAGAAGUUUGCCGUUGAGUGAUAUUUCAGAGAUUUUUUUUCGUUCGCGUUGACCUAAGGUGACAUUCACUUUUGGCACGGGUUUUAACAUCUAUGAAGUACGUAACGUUUCUCGGAAGUUAGGUAGGCUUUCAAAGAACAAAUUUGAAUAUAUGCACCCUAAAUCAUCCGGGGUGCGUGCUUGGCUCUC